ACAGAACGAAACAAUUGCUUGGGUUGGAGCUAACCGUAUACCGGCUUUGACGGCAGUAGCGCUCCUUCGACGGCCGUGAUAUAAGACGUACGGUACUUCAACUUCUUGAAUGGUAACGCAGCUGCGCUGACUCUCUUUACUUUGCCUUGCAAACUCCGUUCUUCGUUCAUUCUUUUUCAAGUCACUCAUUUUUGAAACCCACAUUCAUUUACCCAUCAUGAAGACCGUCGCUGUUCUCGCAGGUAUCACUGCGCUGGCAAACGCCCACGCCACUUGGCAACAACUCUGGAAGAACGGAGAGGAUCUGGAGAGCACAUGUGCUCGUCUGCCUCCUUCCAACAGCCCCAUCGAGGACUACACAUCUACAGCUCUGCAGUGCAAUGUCAGCCCUGCUGCCGCCUCUGGCAAGUGUGGCUUUGAGGCUGGUGACACAGUAACAAUCGAGAUGCACCAGCACAACACCCGUCUCUGCACUGAGGAGGGUAUCGGUGGCGCUCACUGGGGUCCCGUCUUGGCCUACAUGUCUAAGGUUGAGGACGCCGCUACCGCUGAUGGCUCAUCCGAGUUCUUCAAAGUCUACGAGAACACAUGGAAGAAGGCAGAGGGCUCUACUCAGGGUGACAAUGACUACUGGGGCACCAAGGACCUCAACUACAACUGCGGAAAGCUCGAUUUCACCAUCCCUGAGGACAUCGCCCCUGGUGACUACCUCCUCCGCGCUGAGGCUAUCGCUCUUCACGCUGCGUCCGCCUCCGGAGGUGCUCAGCACUACGUUACUUGCUACCAGCUUACCGUUACUGGCUCUGGCACAGCUACCCCUGCGGGUGUCAAGUUUCCUGAGGCAUAUUCCAAGACUGGCACUGGUCUUGGUUUCUCUAUCCACGCCCCUCUGAGCGAGUACCCUGCUCCUGGCCCUGCCCUUUACGCUCGCGGUACCAAGGUUGACCCUCAGCUCCUGACCUUCGGUGAGAUCUCUGGUGUUCCUACGGCUACCGGCGGUGCCUCUGCUAGCGCUACCGUUGCUCCCUCAUCCAAGGCUACCGUUGCCUCCUCCGCCGCCGCCGAGACUCCCGUUGCCUCUUCCGCUGCUGCCUCCAAGCCUGCCGCCACUUCUGCUGCCGCCACAUCUGCUGCCGCUACUUCUGCUGCUGCCACUUCUGUUGCCGCCACUUCUGCUGCCGCUUCGUCUGCUGCUGAAGCCAAGCCAACUGAGGCUACCACUUCCGCCGCUGCCUCUUCGGUCGUUGCUUCCACCCCUGCUGCCUCAUCUACCGCUGCUCCCGAAACUGGUGACAAGAAGUACAAUGUAGACUCUUUCGCUACUUACCUCGAGGCUCAGCCCGGAAGCGACGCCGAGUUCACCAUCGAGGAGUUCAUUGCGUGGUUGGAGAAGGUUGAGAGCGGCUCAAACACUGCUGAGCCCUCUGCCUCUGCUUCUGAAGUUGCUGCUGAGCCCACCGCUGCUGAGUCUUCCGCUGCCGUCAAGCCUACUGCCACUGCCGUCGCCUCCCAGGCACCUGCCCAGUCCUCCGCUGCCGUUGCCUCCUCCAAGGCUCCUACUGCCCCGGCUAAGACUACUCUUGCUACCGUCACUAAGCCCCAGCCUACCUCCGGCUCUGGUUCUGAUGCUGAAGUCAAGGAGUACGGCCGUUGCGGUGGUCAAGGCUACACUGGCAGCACAACCUGCGCAUCGGGUCUUACCUGCAAGGUCCAGAACACCUACUACUCUCAGUGUAUCAAGUCUGAGGGCGGCAACGCCGCUCAGCCCAGCGCUACCAAGCCCGCUGCUUCCACCACCAAGGCUGCUACUGCCUACCCCACCGCGGCUGUUUCCUCCAAGGCACCUGCUGCCUCUUCAGCCGCACCUGUCAUCUCCAAGGACGCUGUUUCCAGCGCUACUCCUUCCGCGUCGGCUACACCUGCUGCUGACAAGCUCUGGACUAUUGAGGAGCUCAUUGCUUUCCUUGAGGAGGCUGCCGAGUAAGCUCGUUGCUACGAUCUAGACAGUUUCUCUCCGGUUACGCUUCCCAUAUGAGCAGCAAAAGGCAUCUGUAAAUAUGCAUCUCCCAGUGGGAGUCU